AACCGACGAAUACCCUAGGUUUACCUCAGUCGCUUUUCAACCAGCGGACGAUACAACAUCUUUGAUACGUGUUUUGGGUCAGGAAUCACCUCAUCAAUAUCAGAAAAUGGUUGCGGAAAAGUAUGAUAAGCUCGAACCUGAGCUGAAACAAGAAUUAAAAAGCAUUGCCCAGCAAAUCGUGGCACCAGGAAAAGGUAUCCUAGCUGCGGAUGAGUCUACAACAACGAUUGGCAAACGUCUAAAGGACAUCAAUGUUGAAAACACCGAGGACAAUCGUAGAGCCUACAGACAGCUCCUUUUCACCUCUGCAAAGGACGUGAUUGGCCAGCACAUCUCUGGUGUCAUCUUGUUCCACGAGACCCUGUACCAGAAGGCCGACGAUGGAACACCAUUCGUUGAGCUGUUGAAACAACGUGGCAUCCUGCCAGGUAUCAAGGUUGACAAGGGUGUCGUACCACUCUUCGACACCAACGAUGAGUGCACGACCCAAGGUCUCGACGAUCUUCAGGCUCGUUGCAUCCAGUACAAGAAGGACGGAUGCCAAUUCGCCAAGUGGAGGUGUGUUUUGAAGAUCAAGAAAGACACCCCCAGCAAACUGGCUAUCUUGGAGAACGCCAACGUUUUGGCUCGUUAUGCUUCCAUCUGCCAGAGCGCCAGAAUUGUACCCAUCGUCGAGCCUGAGAUUUUGCCUGAUGGUGACCAUGACCUUGCUCGUUGCCAACAGGUUACGGAGGAAGUUCUGGCCGCCGUUUACAAGGCACUGAAUGACCAUCAUGUGUACCUUGAGGGAACUCUGCUGAAACCAAACAUGGUUACGCCAGGUCAAAGUUGCCCAAAGAAAGCUACUCCUCAAGAGAUUGCAGCUGCUACAGUGACUGCUCUGCUGCGCACUGUGCCACCUGCGGUACCUGGUAUCACCUUCCUUAGUGGUGGACAAUCUGAGGAAGAAGCAUCUGUGAACUUGGAUGCCAUCAACAAGUUCCCAGCAAACAAACCAUGGGCCCUGACCUUCAGUUAUGGACGUGCUCUCCAAGCUUCUGUCCUCCGUGCAUGGGGAGGUAAAAAGGAACAAAUUGCUGCUGGCCAAGAUGAACUCAUCAAGAGGGCUAAGGCUAACAGUGAAUCGGCGCUUGGCAAAUACGCAGGUGGCGUGACGGGAGCCGCUGGCGAUGCCGCGCUUUUCGUCGCAAACCACGCGUAUUAAAAUUAAUCUCUAGCACAUCGAUAAGGAUUUCCGUUAGACAAUUAGAUCGCUCGUCGAACGUCGCCAACGUCGAUCACCGUGGCAGGCAUGAAAACGUUACCAUCGACAGUGAAGAAAAACGAAUGAAAACUCAAACACGCUUCGAAUAUAUCCGAAACACAAGUCAUUCUCGCAGCUUUUGUAUGGUUUUAUGUGUCAUACUUUUACACGAUCAAUGAACGGAAUCGAUUCAAUUUUAACCUGUCGCGAUAAUUGGCAUACUUCGUGAUUUUACUCAAUCGAAUUUUAAUGUUUUUCAAUGCGUACAGAAGUUGAGGAAUGUGUUGUGCUUCGGUGGCAGAUAAAAUUGUAUACUCAGGAUCAUAUUCUGCAGACGUUGUUGACCAUUAUUGAUUCUCGAUCAUUUCAAACGAGCUAAGUACAAACGAUUACCGCCCUUCCCGCUUUUCACUCUUCACCUGCGCUAUCCCUACAAUUCUUCCUUUUACUUUCGCCCUGAUUCCCGUAUUCGUAUCCUCCGGGAUUGUCACGCGGUGAAGAGUGUUUAACGCGUAUCUUCAUCGUGCGUAUCGUUCGUUCCGAGCUGUUUGUAAACAUCUUUGAUGAGCAAAUGUCGAAGGUUGAUAAUGAUCGAGAAAACGUGGCCGACACGAAUUCAUACGAGCCCAACAGGCGAUAUUAAUCGGGAAGAGAUACUUUGUUUCGAUCGUGAACAGAUUUCGCGACAUUCGAAUCACGCACGCGUUAUUAUAUUCUGUAAUACUACAAUAAAAAGCAGAUAUAUAUAUAUUAUAUAUAUUGUCAAUGUCGUUAUGAUAUUCUACGUGUAUAAAAACAGGUAAAAGAAAAAAAAUAAAAAAAAAAAGUAAAGAUACAUAUUAAAUGUUGUUUGUUAGCGAAUGAGUCGAAUAUUAUGAAGUAAUAUUAUGUCAUCUACUUAUACAAUAUGUGUAUCUUAUUAUAGAUAUUUAAGUAACGUAUUGAAAAGUAUCUCGUACAUCGAUGUUAUAUCUAAUAUUUUCAUUGUAAUCUAGGUCACCAAAUACACUGUGGAGGGUAUUCAA